CACAGCAGUUAUCUCGCUCUCUCGCCGCGUGUGUUUCUCAGAGUGAAGCACGGGGCAGCAGCGUGGUGACCUCCUGUGAAACCUUAAGGCUCUCAAGUCAGAGAGCGAACAUAUUCUGCUUCCAAAAUGCUCGUCUUAUUCGAGACCGCCGCUGGAUAUGCAAUCUUCAAAGUCCUUGAUGAAUCCAAGCUGCAACAGAUUGACAGCUUGCACAAGGAGUUUGAUACUCCUGAAAAGGCUAACAAAGUUGUGAAGCUGAAGCACUUUGAGAAGUUUCAGGACACAACAGAAGCCUUGGCAGCUGCCACUGCCCUAACUGAGGGAAAAAUUGGGAAGAGUUUAAAGAAAGUGCUGAAGAAAGUUGUUGCCAAGGAAGCUCACGAGCAGCUGGCCAUCAGUGAUGCAAAACUCGGUGGAGUUAUCAAAGAAAAGCUGGACCUGGCCUGCAUCCACAGCCCCAUGGUGGCUGAACUGAUGAGAUGCAUCAGGAGUCAGAUAGAGAACCUCGUCACCGGACUCCCUCCCAAGGAGAUCAGUGUUAUGUCUCUUGGAUUAGCUCACAGUUUAUCCCGCUACAAGCUGAAGUUCAGUCCAGACAAGGUGGACACUAUGAUAGUGCAGGCCAUCUCUCUGUUGGAUGACCUAGAUAAGGAGCUGAACAAUUACAUCAUGCGCUGUAGAGAGUGGUACGGCUGGCACUUUCCCGAGAUGGGAAAAGUGAUCACAGACAACUUGGUCUACUGCAAAGCUGUCCGCAAAAUCGGUGACCGCACAAACGUGGCCGGCUCUGAUCUGUCUGACCUCCUGCCUGAGGAAAUCGAGGCAGAGCUUAAACUCGCUGCAGAGAUCUCCAUGGGAACAGAAGUGUCAGAACAGGACAUCGGCAACAUCGGGCAUCUCUGUGAUCAGGUGAUUGAUAUUUCAGAGUAUCGCGCUCAGCUGUACGACUACCUGAAGAACCGCAUGAUGGCGAUCGCCCCCAACCUGACAGUCAUGGUGGGAGAGCUGGUGGGCGCCCGUCUCAUCUCGCAUGCAGGUUCCCUUCUGAAUCUGGCAAAGCAUCCGGCCUCAACAGUGCAGAUCCUCGGAGCAGAGAAAGCUCUUUUUAGGGCCCUAAAGACUCGCAAGGACACGCCAAAAUAUGGUCUCAUUUACCACGCCUCCCUGGUGGGUCAGACCACAGCCAAGAACAAGGGAAAGAUCUCCAGAAUGCUGGCAGCUAAAGCAUCCCUAGCUAUUCGUUAUGACGCCCUGGGAGAAGACACGAACGCAGAGAUGGGAACAGAGAACCGAGCUAAGCUGGAAGCAAGGCUUCGACAGCUUGAGGAGAAAGGAAUCCGAAGGAUUAGUGGAACAGGCAAAGCAAUGGCACAGGCAGACAAAUACCAGCACAAGAGUGAAGUGAGAAUGUACGAUCCAUCUGGGGACUCAACUAUUCCCUCCACGUCAAAGAAGAGGAAGUUUGAAGAGGAGGAGGCUGAAGAGCCUGUAACUCCGGCAGUUAAAUCCAAAAAGGCCAAGAAGGAAACCGUAGUAGAAGAAGAAGCAGAAGCAGCAGCAGAAGAAGAGACGCCCAAGAAAAAGAAGAAAAAGAAGGAGAAGAAAGAAGAGGAGCCGGAAGCAGUAGAGGAAGAGAUGGCCGUCACAGAGUCAACAGAAAAGAAGAAAAAGAAGAAGAAAAAGAAGGCAAAGGAGGAAGAAGAUGAUGAGUGAACGAAGUGGAGACUGUAUAUAUUUUCUUUCUUAGGUUUUAUGCCAUUUUAGUUUUGUGUCAUACAUUUAUUUUCAUAAGGGCAAAACUGUAAAGUGCCUCUUUCUGGACAAUAAAGAGUUCCUGUCAAAGAAUCCUUGGAUCUCCCUUUUUACACAAUAUAUACUUUAAAAUCAUUGUGUAUUUAACAAUCUAAUCUUCUAUCCUUGACAGUUAUAUGUUUUUUAUCCGUCACGCGUCCGUAUCAGCCAGUGCAGAGCAACGACCUGAUGAAAGAUUGUCCCAUUCCAUUGUAUAAAUCUUAAUGUCUGAUCCUCUGCCUGCCCUGCUGAAAUAAACAUUUUGUGCUCAAA